UGGACAGGUACCUUCUCGCGGUGCCGGGUGUGAGUAACCCUGUGCGACGGGUGAAACCAAAUCCUGUUUUUAUAUACAAAUACCAGCUACGGUGUUGACGUUGGACUUCCUUUGCGGCUACCUAGUCAAGGUCUGUCGAUCUCAGUUUCUUCGAACCAUUGUUACGGAGCAAACAAAGGCAAAGAGGUCCACCGCCAAAGCGCCCCUCGUCAGCGAAAAUGACACCCUUACCGACUUUCUAAUGACAAGGUAUAGGGUCAUCGGAAGGCAGACUUGGAAUGAGGACGCCAUGGAGACGCCUUUUGGUUGUGCCAGAUUCUCUUCCAAUGGUCAGCAGAACACUUCGUGUCCCGAUUUAACUACUCAGUCAUACUGAUAUAAACUGCUUUGAGACCUUGGGACUUGGGACACUCUCGGUAACGCAUAUUUUCUCUGAUUUGUCGUGCUUCUUGGUUGCUCAUGGAAUUACCUCUCUUGGGCACCAGUCUCCUCAAACAGGCGCUUCACAACCUUGCUCUCAUGGAAAAUUUCCUGUUUCUUAUCUUCUCGUCUCCUUUAUCAUAACAUUACUAUGGUCUUAUGCUUUUUGACCAUCCAAUUAGUAAGCUCCAACAAUAAUAGCAAGCCUACAUAAUGGAUCCCUGGUCGAUAUACAACGCGCUCAACUAUACAACAUAUAUCAGGCAUUCGCUUAUCCUUCUCUACUUCAUCGAGUCCUAUGUAAGGGACCGUAUCUUUUCGUCGCAGACUAUGGUUUCCGGUCUUGCAACGGCAGGCCCAUCCAAUACGUUCUUCUCAAAAGCCGGUACCGUUUGAGCUUGUUAACCUCCGGAUGCGAGCUUUUCUAUACACAAAAGACAUGCGCGAUCAGAGAUCCCCUUGCCCGGAACGGCGUAACGCUUGGCUAUUCCUAUAAUUACAAUAACCACCUCACGUUCACGCCUCUUUCAUCUCGAGCCACCUACCUCGCAAAGAUCAAGCCCUAUCCGCGUCAACAUGGCAUAGGACAUUAGGACAUCCAAGCCCGGAUGCUAUAUCACAUCUUUUGACUGCAACCGAAGGCGUAAAGGUGUCAGACAAGGAUGAUCCAUCAACGGGUGGAUGUGAGACCUGUAUACUUUCAAAAUCACAACAACAAAUAUCUCGCCGCACGCACAACAGUGAGGAAUGGAUCGACGCUGUUUUUGGCCGCGUCUCCUUCGAUAUCGCCCACUUCUCGAAAGGAUGGGCUAACGACGCUUACAUGAGUCAUAUAUGGGACUUCAAAACCCAUAUGAACUAUGAUUAUACUCAUGUCAGCAAGAACGAAGCCGGAAACAUCAUUCUAGACUGGUUGAGCCUCGUCAAGAACCGAUAUCAAAGCACGCCGUCCUUGCUCAGACUAGACAAUGAAACGUCCUUGGGAUUUCAGAUCGACAUUCGCCGCCUAGGUAUCACCCUAGAAUACUCGGCACCCUAUGCUUCUGCCCAGAAUGGCCCUGCGGAACGCGCGGUAGACCUCAGUGCAAAGGUUGCUAGAUCCUUACGCAGAGAUGCCAACCAUCCUGGCUAUCUCUGGCCAGAAUGGAAGAGCACGUACCGAAUGCUUGUUCGUAUUGACGAACUCAUGGAAGACGUGGUCACCUUCCUUGAGUCUGAGAAAUCUGGGAAGGACUCCGCGAUUGCCGAACUGUUCUCAUUCUCCGAUCAGGGAACCACAAUCAAAGUCAGGCGCCGAGCCAGAAGCUCCCCGAGAUUCUGAUGUCGCCAUCGAGACCCCUCAAGGUUCUGAGGUCGAACGUGGCCCCGACAUGGAUGAUGAUUCAGGUGGUGAAUCAGAUGAUGAAUCAGAUGCCCACACCGACGUCGACUCAGAUUCUGAUGAUGAAUCAAAGCAAAUUCGUUAUUUUAUUGCUCUUUUGACACCGUCCGCUCUAUAUACCAAUAGUCUGGCACGUUCUGGAAGGACGGACGAUCGAUUACAUGUCUACGCGGUUGAUACAACCCUCAACCGGGGCUUUUUGGUUCUCCAUGGACAAACGGAUCAUUGCCAUGAACAUCGAAUGGGCUCAAAUCUUACAGAGCAAGACCGUCGAAGAGGUGGACUGUGAAUGCGUCCUUGAAAAGCAGGUUCUUCUCUUAUGUGGGUUUACACAUAUAGAUUGUGGUGUGGGAGUGCACUACAGAACGACCUCGAAAUCA